ACGCAGGACCCCGCACCCGAAGUGCGUAUAUAUGAGGUGACCCCGCGCGUCCCUGUUGCGCCUCAGUCGUCCCAACACUCAACCUAGGAAGAAGAAGAGGAGGGACGCUAAGUUGCAGCCACCAAAUCGGCGAUCCUGGGAGGGAAGAUGGCGUUCAGCAUCACCAGGAAAGAGAUCGAGGGGUUCUGGAGGAGGAAGGAGGAGGAGCGCCGCCUUGCCGCCGAGAAGGAGGCCGCCAGAGCCAAAGCCAAGACGCUCAAGAUGGAGGAUUAUAUGCUGUUCGAGCAAAUGAUAAGGGAGAUUCUCGAGGAGGGGAACGAAGGUGACAAGGGCAUCAACGACAACAGAAUGAUGGUGGCAGCUUCCAGCAGGGUCGCCGAAUUACGGAUUGGGAUCAAGCACUGGUGGAAGAAAAGCACCUAUGCUUAUCUGAAUGAGCCGGCAGUGACGGCAUCGAUGGAUGACAAGGGAAGAAACAGACGCGCCGUCACUUAUAUUCCGCAGGACAGAUGCCUCAAAGCCCGCUCGUCGAUUCCUGCUUCAUUUGUCAUCUUUUAGGUGCUCUGUAUUCAUUCAUGACGGAACAAGCUGAGGCAUAUCUAUAUGUAUAUAUGCAUCAGCUGUUGUGACAAGGACGGAAUAAUUUAUGUUGUGUAUAAGUUUGUCUGAAUGCUGUACUUAUAUCAAAUUAUUAAGUGGAAGACCGUGUUGCUUGGUGCAUUGCGUCAA